UUUACAUGACCUUGCAAGAGGCUCUGGAGUUUUGAAACACAACCAUGGACAUGCAGGAGUUCAAUCAAAAUCGAAGUGGGAACAGAACCUUCAAGAUGGCACGCAUAGAACCCACACAGUUAAUACAGAUCCUGAAUGCGAAAAGAGAGUUCCCAAGAAAAGUCUCACCUGUCCAUGAAAGGCUAUCUACUGACUGAAGCUCCCUCCGUCACCACGGCGUCUCUGUUCUCGAAACUCAUAGAACAACAGGAGUCUGCUACUGUCAUUGUCCUGCCAGACUCGCACCAGAAUCUGUCCAGUUAUGUGCCAUCUCCAGGAGACAGCCUGAACUUGAGUCCAGUCAGUGUGAGGUGUUCAACAGAGAACACGAUCAACCCCGACAUCGUGCUCAGGAACGUUAGCGUACAGAUUGACCUUUCCUCACAAGAGAAGCAGGAUGAAGAUCCUGGAGUGAAGCCGACCAAUUUAGAAACUGUUUGA